GGUGUGACGCGUACACAUACACAAGUAAUUUUACGUCGUUGGGAUGCGCACAUCUUGCAAGAUAAAAAAAGAGUAGGAACAUGUCUCCAGACACUGAGUCUAGCAACUCAAGACGGGCGUAACCUUCAUCCAAUGUCGCAUUCAUAAGUGGACACUAUCGGUAGUAAAUAAUACUGCCAUGGCCACGGUGAAAUGAAAAAAAAAGAAGAAGAAGAAGAAUACAAAAUAAGUAACGAAAAAUCGUAGUGCCUCUAUGGUGAGCUGGCCAUAGUGCCUCCUCCUCGUGCUAUGGCGGAGUAUGAUGUUGAUGUCAUGAGCUAUGAGGGCUAGGACGAGGUAAGCGACGGAGGCACCCUCGAGAUCCAGUAUUGCGCGCUAUCGUGUAGUAUUUAGAGCAUUACAGGGAACGGAGUCAUCAAAACGAAAACAAAAAAAUGAAAAGUCACUCAAAUGUCAUCGCACAACAGGAAUAGCCCUUACCCGAAUUCAAUACCGGACGAUAAAUUCGUUUCCGUUUCUGUUUCCGGUAACGGAGGAUCGUGGUAUGCGUUUCCGUUUCCGUUAUCGUUACUAUCUCCAAUUUCCGUAAUAUACCGUUUCCGUUAUCAUUACCGUUACCCUUCCCUGGGUAGGACUGCGGAUAAUUUCGACCACCUGGGGUUCUGUCGACGUGCGCUGGAAAUCUUCUCACCAAUCGUAGCUUGUAACCAUUUAGCUUAGCCUUGGCCAUUCUCCCUUGGUGCAUAACAGCUAGCGUCUGAGGUCUGCGAAGAAGAAGAAUGCAGGCUGCGUCGCAAAACACGAGCAUAUCGCUUCGGGGCUCGUGUGCAACCAUAGCGAACACAUAUCUGAUCUGCUUUGCCCCUUCUUUCUACGAGCGCCAAUCCGGACAUAUUUCUUCUCCAUCUGCUUCACCCAGCCAUGUCACCGAGCAAGAGGCAUCGAAAAGACCCCAGCAUCACGACACCAUCACGACACCGUCACGACACCAUCACGAGCUUCCACACCACCGAAACCUUAACCGCUCGCAGCGUACAGUCUACGACAGGGUCACAUUCGUUGUCACCGCACCUCUUCACACCAUUAACGUACGGCGCCCAUCCCAAAUACAAGAUGGAGACUAGUUAUCCAACACCAGUCGAGCAGUUUCCGCCGGAUAUAUACAGCUGCGGGACCGAAACAUCCAGGGAUGGUCCAGAAGCGACACGUUCCACGGCGAUGUCGGGGCUGUCGUCAGCUAAGCCCCGUCGAUCUCGAAGCGAAGGGAGGCCUGUCGAUUUACGUGAACGCUCUUCCAGCAGUUUAAGACCGAAAUGGCUGCCGAAGACGUUCGUUCCAGGAGAGAGCCGACGGUCUCGAAGACCGCUGUCGUUCAAACAGUCUGACAAUGAGGAACCUACCAGUGGAAAUGUAGCGGAGGUGACGGUGUUCACGGGUUGCCACGGACCAUAUCAGCAGGCGACGUUCAGGUUUGGACUUCUGGCUGCUUUCGUGCUGCCUCUUCAAGCGAUGGUGCCGCAGAUUCUCAUGUCCGAGACGGAUCACUGGUGUGCACCGCAUUCGAGGAAUAUGUCAGCAGAGCUAUGGAAGGAACAGAUGAUACCGAAGGACAUAGACGGAAAAUACAGCAAGUGUGAGAUGUACAGCGAACUCCCCAAUGGGACAGUGAAGAAAGUGCCUUGCAAGGACUGGGUCUACGCCAAGAAUCCUUACGGAUACACUCUCGUCCAGGAGUGGAACUUGGUUUGCGACAGGGCCUGGCUUCUGGUUCUCAGCUCGUCCAUAUUCUUGGUGGGAGGACUCACCAGUCUCGUUAUAUCAGGACCAGCGUCAGACAAGCUUGGCCGGAAGCCGGUGGCCCUGUUCUCGCUCAUUUUCAGUCAAGUGUGCUCCAUUGUGAUAGUCUUCUGCACAGACGUCUACGUCUUCAUCGUGCUCCGGUUUUUCCUCGGCGCUGCCCUCACUACACUCUAUGCCACCAGCGUUAUCAUCAUACUGGAAGUGUUGGCUCCAGGCCUGCGUAGCAUUUACGGCAUCGCGGUACUUCUAGGCUACGUGGUGGGCGACGCCGCGAGCACCUGCCUCUCAUUGAUCGGUUUCAACUGGCACAUCCAACAGCAAAUCGGCUUAGUGCCCACGUUUAUGAUGAUUUCUAGCUUCUACAGCCUGACGGAAUCCCCGAGGUGGUUGAUAGCGGUGGGACGCGCCGAUGAUGCAGAAGUUGUCAUCUUGCAUGCCGCGCACAUGAACGGCCAGAACCUCAUGGACGUCCGGAGGCAAUGGAGCUGGUCUAAGAAGCAGAUCACUAGGGGGACGGACCGCGGCGUAAGCCUCCGCAUUGUCAAGGAGGUUGUACUAGAAAAUGCCGUGAAUGUCGCCAUACUGUACUACUGCUGGGGAGCCUUGUCUCUCGCGUAUUACACCAUCACCUUGCGUAUUCGUCGACUGGACAAGUUUCAAGGCAUCUUCGUCCUUGUGGCCGGCCUGCUAGAAGUGCCCGCCCUGCUGGGGACAAUCGUCGCUGUGGCCAGGAUCGGGAGACGUUGGUCCUUGGCCGCUGCGCUCUGGUGCACAGGGUGUGCUCACAUUGUGGCAGUUGGGAUCACCGAAGCGAAUCUAGUUGGUGGAUCAGCCUUGACGAUACUGGCCAACAUGUUCGUGGCGGCUGCAGGGGGAGUCAUUUGGCUGUACACCGCUGAGCUGUGGCCAACAGUGCUGAGAAAUACGGGUCUAGCCUACGGCUACGCUUUCUCCAGGAUAUGCAGCGCUAUUGGCGUCCUGGCAUCCGAUGCAGAGGAACCAAACAGCUGGCUCCCUACAGGUAUCUUGGCCGUGGUGUGCUGUACCAGCUCUGCUCUGACCUUACUGCUCCCAGAAACAAAAGACGUCAGACUGCCAGAUCUUGUACGCAACGCUGAAGAACAACACGGGAUCGAUCCUGUGGUCCCGACACCAUCCGAGCCCGUACCAUAAAUGCCUAUUGCAUAUAACCGCGGCUACUUUAUCUUUUUUGUAUGCACUAUCUGUAAGAGAAAAGUACGAGCAUCAUCAAGCAAUAUUAUAUAACAUGGUUUCAGUUGAACCAGAAUCUUGAUGGCUGUGCUGCCUUCUUCUAUAAAUAUAUUAUGCAUUCUACUGAA